AUGGCGGACGUAAGCGACACAAGUGAACUCUUCGAUCUCGAGCUGCACGAGGAUGAAAAAGCGCGAGACUCGGACGACGACAGGAUCGAGCUAGAUGAUGUCGAUCUAGAACCGGAAUUGAGCAUAAACCUACACCAAGACAAUGAAGGCCAGGAAACCAUACAGCUCUCCGAGGAGAAUGUCAAUCCAGGCAAAAUUAAAUUGGGCCCGAAGGAUUUCGAGCUGAAGAAAGUGCUGGGCAAAGGUGGCUACGGCAAAGUAUUUCAGGUGCGCAAGACCGCUGGACGUGAUGCUAACAAAUAUUUUGCCAUGAAGGUGCUGAAAAAGGCAUCCAUUGUGACCAAUCAAAAGGAUACGGCGCACACACGAGCCGAGCGCAACAUACUCGAGGCAGUCAAGCAUCCGUUUAUCGUGGAAUUGGUAUAUGCCUUUCAAACAGACGGCAAAUUGUAUCUGAUACUCGAGUAUUUGAGUGGCGGGGAAUUGUUUAUGCAUUUGGAACGCGAGGGCAUCUUUCUGGAGGACACCACAUGUUUUUAUUUGAGUGAAAUCAUCUUGGCUUUGGGCCAUUUACACAAUCUGGGCAUCAUUUAUCGAGACUUGAAGCCAGAGAACAUUUUGUUGGACGCACAGGGACACGUAAAGCUAACAGAUUUUGGCCUGUGCAAGGAGCACAUACAAGAGGGUAUUGUCACCCACACCUUCUGCGGCACAAUUGAGUACAUGGCACCCGAAAUUUUGACCAGAAGUGGCCAUGGCAAAGCCGUCGAUUGGUGGUCCCUGGGCGCACUAAUGUAUGAUAUGCUCACGGGCGUGCCACCGUUUACCGCCGAUAACCGCAAGAAAACCAUUGAGACCAUACUUAAAGCCAAGCUUAAUCUGCCAGCCUACCUCACACCCGAAGCCAGAGAUCUGGUUCGACGCCUGAUGAAGCGUCAGGAGCCGCAACGUCUCGGCAGUGGACCUGAGGAUGCUGCAGCAGUGCAGUCACAUCCAUUCUUCAAGCAUGUCAACUGGAACGAUGUAUUGGCCCGCCGUCUAGAGCCACCAAUAAAGCCGCUGCUGCGAAGUGAGGAUGAUGUCUCCCAAUUUGAUACAAGAUUCACACGACAAGUUCCCGUGGACUCACCGGAUGAUACAACGCUCAGCGAAAGUGUCAAUUUAAUUUUUCAAGGUUUCACCUACGUUGCGCCAUCGAUACUGGAGGAUAUGCAUCGGGCUAAUCGCAUGCCGGCGCGCUCACCAAGACGCAUGCUUCGACAGCACCAGCAUCCAGACAAUAGCUUUCGGCUACAGUUCCCGUCCGCCAAUGCGAAUGUAGCUCCCAAUGUGCCGGCGAUGCAGCGAUCAACGAUAUAUGCACGAGCCGCCCCACCUCCAUAUCAGCACCAGCAGCCGCAUCCGCAUCAUAUGCAAACAUUCGCGCCACGCCCGUCGCCAGCGCAGGACGAGAUGAUGGAUGUGCAGCAGGGACUGCCAAUGGUCUAAAGGUUACUACUACAUUGACGUACAGAUCAUGAGGAGGCGGAUGAGAAGGACGAGCGGAAAUUGUUUUUGUUA